AUCCAUCGGAUUGGCGCCCUCUUUAUUAACUCCGAGCACGCCCCCUUGGUCUCGUCAUCUGCCUUCCCUCGAAUUCACUUCCAGUCAAGGUCAGACACCCUAGGCCAAGACCCCCUUUGCCGCCAAGAUGAGAUUCGGUCUAUAUCAAGCGAUUUCGCUCCUCGCCUCGCUCGGCUUGGCGUCUGCUCGCCAGGUCGCACUCGCACAACAUGACCACAGCGCGGCGGUCGUAAAUGGAGCGCCUCCCAAGGUCGGAACUAGCGGAGACGACGUCCACACUCUCGCGUGCAAGCGGAUCGCCGUGAACUGGCCGUUCGACAGCGACGGCGACACGUGGCACUACGCGGGCAGCGAGCUUUACAACAUCAUCUCGCACUACAAGCUGCACGACAACGGCUUCUCGGUGUGGAGCUACCGGCUCGACCUGCGCUUCCCCAUGUACGUGGGCGACUUCCAGUUCUACGACCAGGCCGGCGACUGCUACGACCUCAACGUCGCCUGGGAGGGCGACCACUACGUCCGCUACAACUCGAAGCAGCCGACCAUUGUCGCCGUCGGGUACGGCGGCACGUGCUCGGAUUGUAAGCGCCGCAGGUAG